UAAACAAUUCCCAAUUUCCUUUUGUUAUCCUUACCACUUUACCAGCAGGCAGAGAGCCUUCCUUUUCCGAUUCUCUAUUUCCUUUCCUCAUUCCCAAUCUCCGAUCCAUCCCUAAAAACAACUGACUAGAGAUCGAUGAUGAUGAAGAUGCCUUGGAGGAGGAAGAGCAGGAACUUCCAUCUUCAGCUACAAGGGGCAAUUGGUACCAUUCAAUCUCCAUUCCUAUUCUUAUUUACCAAUUAUUGCCAUUCUUCUACUUCCACACUUGAAGAUGCACGCUUCUUGACAAAUAACUUCAAAUCUGCUUCUUUUACCCACCUUGAUGAUGCCAUUGCAUCCUUCAAUCAUGUAAUUCAUAAGCAUCCUCUUCCUUCUAGGGCUCAAUUUAGUAGAUUCUUAUCUGCCCUUGUGAAAAUGAAACAAUAUCACACUGUCUUUUCCAUGUCCAAAACAAUUGAAUUGCUAGGAAUCUCACACGAUGUUUAUUCUCUUAGCAUCUUAAUUAAUUGCUUCUGCCACUUACACCUUGUGGAUUUUGGCUUCUCUGUUUUUGGUAAGAUGCUCAAAUUGGGAUUGGAGCCUAACGUUGUGACAUUUACUACCUUAAUUAAUGGGCUUUGUAUGGAGAGUAAAAUCGAUAAAGCAGUGGAAUUUUUCGAUGAUAUGGUUGCAUGUGGUUAUCAACCUAAUGUUUACACUUACAAUGUGAUAAUAAACGGAAUGUGUAAAUUUGGGAAAACAAAUGUGGCUAUUGGGCUACUAAAGGGAAUGGCUGAUAGAGGUUGUGAGCCAAAUGUUGUGACAUACAAUGCAAUCAUUGACGCCCUUUGCAAGGAUGAGCUAGUUGGUGAGGCUUUAGAGCUCUUCUCUCAAAUGAGGAAUAAGGGCAUUUCACUUGAUGUCAUCACUUACACUGGUUUAAUUCACGGCGUUUGCAAAUUAGGCCAAAAGAACCAAGCUUUGGCCUUGAUGAAUGAAAUGGUGCAGCAGAACAUAUUACCAGAUGUUUAUACCUUCAAUGUAUUGAUUGAUGCUCUUUGUAAGGAUGGAAUGGUUUCAGAGGCUCAAAAUACAUUCAAUGUAAUGAUUCAAAGAGGUGUAGAGCCUAAUGUGGUCACCUACACUUCCUUAAUUGAUGGUCUUUGCAUUUCAGACCAAUUCAAGGAAGCUUUGGCCUUGUUGAAAGUAAUGGUGGGGAGGAACAUAUCCCCUAAUGUUUUUACCUUCAAUAUAUUGAUCGAUACCCUUUGUAAGAAAGGACUGGUUUCAAAUGCAGAGAAUAUAAUCAAAAUAAUGAUUCAAAGAGGUGUGGAACCUAAUGUUGUCACUUAUAGUUCAUUGAUGGAUGGAUAUUGUCUGUGCAAGCAAAUUGAUAAGGCUAGAAAGGUAUUUGAUCUGAUGGUGACCAAUGAAAUAGCUGGCAUUUUUAGCUACACCAUUUUGAUCAAUGGAUAUUGUAAGUGCAAAAUGAUAGAUGAUGCAAAGGAAAUUUUUGAUGAAAUGUCUCAUAAAGGUUUAGUUCCUAAUGUUGUUACUUAUUCUACUCUUAUAGAGGGUAUGUUUCAAGCAGGGAGGCCCCAAACUGCAAAAGAGCUCUUUAAGGAUAUGUGCUCUCAUGGUCAACAGCCAAAUAUAGUAACCUUCUCAAUUAUGAUUGAUGGCUUGUGUAGACAGGGGAAUCUCGAUGAAGCACUCACCCUAUUGAAAGAAAUGGAGGAAAGUCAGUUGAAGCCUAAUUUUGUAAUCUAUAGCAGUCUGAUCAAUGGUAUGUGCAAAGUUGGGAAGAUUAAUGAUGCCAAGGAACUUUUUUCUAGUCUUUUUGAAAUGGGUUUACAACCUGAUGUUUAUGUAUAUAGUGCAAUUAUGAAAGGACUCUGCCAACAAGGAUUAAUGGAUGAAGCGUAUAAGGUAUUUAAAGACAUGGAAAAGGUAGGAUGUUUACCAAAUAAUUGCUGUUAUAAUAUCAUCAUUCAAGGGUUUCUCAAGCAUGAGGAUUUACCAAAAGCAUCAGAACUAAUCAACGAAAUGGUUGAUAAGGGGUUCUCUGCUGAUGCUGCUACCACAGAAUUGGUAGUACAUUUAUCGCUGAAUAAUGAUCUCAUUCUAAGCAAACUACGAAAUCGUUCUAAGGCUUCUAAAGGGGUGCAAUGAGGGAUUAGCAAAUUAAAGUUGUUAUAUCUUGACCGUUCAAGGGUGUCUUGGAGAGAAACUUGGUAAUUUGCCUUCUUCAAAUGUAGUAGUGGAAACCAUGAUAUGUGUGUUCCUUUCGCUUGAACUCAGACAUGGACUAGAUCUCUUUGGAUAUAAGGUUGUUGAUGACUGGAGGUCAUAGAUUUCUAAUGAUCAAGUUGCUGGUAAACCCACCAUCUUCCUUACAAUUUUUUUUGGGCUGCUACUACAGCCUAAACUCGAGAGCUCAGUCCUAAGAAUGAGUUGAGAACUAAAACUAAUUGAUUCCAUGCUACAAUGCUUAAGAAUCUUUAUCUAUUUUACUUUUGUGCUCAAUGACCUUUUAAAAUGCUAUCAAUUUUCUUGUAGCUACUUGCUAGGAUAUGAUUGCAACUUCACCUUUCUAAACAUAAAGGUAUAAGCAAUUCGUUUUUGCUUGAUUAUUAUAUUUUUAAUAAUAAUGAAAAUAGUGAUUAUAAACAA